UCUUCGGUCUAUGGCCUCUCUCUCAGCCUCUGAAUCUUGUUUCUCCUCGCUUUCGCUAACACUUUGUACCUAUCGACUCCUCCUUCCUUCAUCGUUUUAUCCAUUUUCCAGUGUCAUGUUAGCUUUUCUCAUCUGCCAAUUGCACCGGGGUUUCGCUUUCAUUCGAUCCGACCGGUCUGGAUUUCCGGGAAGAGCUUGCUGUUAUGCAUCAAUGUUUGUCUAAUUUGCGUGUUGAAGGCGUCUAGCGCUUUUGCUCAUCGAGGGUUUAUCUUCAAUCAUCGUUUUGCGAAAUAGACCCGUAUGUGACUGGUGGCUUGCCUUUUGAGAUUUUUUUUUUGUUUUCGAAUUUCGCCUGAUGGACGUCUUGUUUUGUGUGAAUUUCGCUAUUUUGGAAUCUGGGUUUUCACGAUUUUAGGUUGAAAUGGCUGGUUGAAGAACUUUGUGGUUCUUUUGGAAGGUGUUGCUCUGUUUGAUGUAGAGAAUCAGUCAGAUUAGAUGAUUUGGGUUUGAGAAUUCUUGUGACAAAAGGGUUGUGAUAAAGAGAGGAAAGACGAUGAUAAAAUAAUGGAGCCGUUGUUUCCUCGGCUUCAUAUGAAUGAUGCAGUUAGAGGAGGGCCUAGGGCUCCUCCCAGAAACAAGAUGGCUCUUUAUGAGGAGCUUAGUGCCCCUUCUCCGAGGUUUAAUCAUCAGGCUUGCAGCAUGGAAAGGAACCUAUAUUUCCAUUCCAGCAUCAGGUAUCUACUUCAGGUCCUCCUCGUCCAGCGGAGAACUUUGUCAUUCAAAAGUCCUGUAUGGAUAAUGUACGAUAUCUGCCACGACAUGGUCAGAGGAAACUGGUUGGAGAGGAAGAUGAUAUCAUGGUUCCGGUGUUUCUCAACUCGGGAAGGGUGCAGUCUCAUGACAGAAACAAGAGUGGAAUGAACAAGGAGAAGCCUUCUCGUAUAGUGGCAACUAGCAGUAAUCGUUCAGUUGAGAUCCAAGGAGUGAAUGGCAAGGCCUCUAAGUAGAAUGGUUCUUCAUCUGCUAGUUCUAGACAAGAGGUUAGAGAUCUGAGUAAGGAGAGUCCAAGACGAGGUACCAUGAUUAGCAUUUUAGAUAUGAGCAAAUCCAUAAAUGGGUUGGAUCAAGAUGGCUGUGAAAAUGUUGUGAGAGGUACCGAUAAUGGAGAUGAUUCCCGGUUCAAGAGGCGUCCCUAGGCGCGCCCCCAGCGCGACUCCGCUUGAGGCAUGUGGCGGCCGCCUCUUGGACAGAGCACAAAAAAGAAAUAAAAAUGGCAGAGUUGUGCAGUUC